CUUGAAAUUAUAAAAAAUGGGUGUAUCAGGAACAUUAGAAUACAUUUCAGAGAUGAUGAGAAACAAACACAAAAGGAAGAAGCAAUUACAAACCAUAAACCUCAAGGUUAGAAUGGACUGUGAUGGCUGUGAGCUCAAAGUCAAGAAUGCCUUGUCUUCUCUCUCUGGAGUAAAGUCUGUGGAGAUAAAUAGGAAGCAGCAGAAGGUGACGGUGACGGGGUAUGUAGAGCAAGGCAAGGUGCUCAAGAAGGCAAAAUCGACAGGAAAGAAGGCGGAGAUUUGGCCGUACGUGCCCUAUAAUCUGGUGGCGCAGCCCUACGCGCCCCAAGCUUAUGACAAGAAGGCGCCCCCUGGCUUCGUUAGAAAAGUCGAGUACUCCGCCGUGAAGUUGGACGAUCCCUACACGGCUAUGUUUAGCGACGACAAUCCAAAUGCAUGCUCCCUCAUGUAGUUUUGGAUCAAAUUAUUAAUGUGUUUGGGUUGUAGUGGUACUAGAUAAUUUGAUAGAUCAUGUAUGUAGUUUUUUUAUAUUGUAGUUAAAUUGUGUAGGGUUUGGUUGAUCUUGACUUGUUUUGGACAUGUUUGUAUAUAGUUGUAUACUUAAUCCUAAUGUUUGAAAUCAA